UUUUUCAUUUUGACAUUCUUGAUGCUCACGCGUUAAAAUGUGUGCAGCUCUGCAUCCUGCAGCUACUUCAGCAUAACCUCGGCCAACAUAAUUUACCCCCAGCUGUUACAGUUAUUGUUUCAUCAAAACAUCCUGCAGAGCGGAUUUCACUACGACCCUCCUUUAUUUUUUGUCGUGUAUGAUGUCACGAAUCCUAAAGGGAACAACUGGAACAGGCGUUGAGAAAAAGAAGUAGCCACAGAACCCUGGCAUUAUGAACGAUUCUCUCUAUACAUCAUGCUACAGUAGCAACAACAGCAAUAACAGCAGCAACAACGAAGGCGAAGACGAGAUAGUCGGGAAGCGCGUGUCACGCAGCACGUUCAAAUAGCCGGUAGCGGUAUAUUUGAAGCGUCAAACCCCAGGACAUGGCUUAGUCGGCUCGAUCGGACCGGUGGGCUGCUAUCUCUUGGAGCGCCGAUGACGCGGCAAUCUGUGGCCGGCUGGGCGUCCCUUGCUUGUGGCCAGCUCACUCGCUUGGUAGCCUCUGCCCUAACCACCGAUCCUUCGUGGUAAGACAGAGAUGUGCGCCGCCGUCGAAGUCGUGCACGCCGACGACGAUGCCGACAAGACCGGCGAUGGCGACAUGAUCACCGUGGAGCUCGAGGCAGCGCAGCUCUUCCACGACGAUGACCGGCAGCGUGGUUUCACACCUGGCGUGGUGGCCAGGCUUAUGCCUGGACUUCGAGAUCAGAGGCAAAUACGUCAGUUCUGUGACGUCGUGUUCCGGGCUACCGAUGGUUCGGAGAUCUGGGCGCAUCGGCUCGUGUUGGCUACCAAGUACUCGGGCUGCUACGUGCUCUUCACUCUCGCCAAGGAAGGCGUGAAUCCCGAACAGAAGCGGAACAACGAGUGGACCCCGCCCAUCCGGGUCGUGGUGGAAGACCUGAACAACGACAUGAUCAAGCUGCUCGUCGACUUCGCCUACCACGUUCCGCUGCACGAGCACAUCGGUCUACACAAUGUCGGCAAUGUGCUCGAGCUCGCCGAGAAGCUUAAGUUAAUCCGGAUACGGGAUCACUGCCUGAGCACCCUCAAGCAGAACCUUGAACCGGAGAGCUGCGUCGACACUUACCACCUGGCCUCCCGUUGCGGAUACGAGAACCUUGCCCGAGAAUCUUUUCGCUAUCUCCUUCGGAACUUCGGUGAGGUGUGGAAGAACAGCGCCCAGUUCCAGGCCCUGACACCAGAGGAGCUGCGUACCCUCCUGGAAGACAACCGGUUGUACGCUCCGAAGGAGCUAGAGGACACGUUCCCCGCCAUUCUCAAGUGGAUCUCCGCCGACGUGGCCGGCAGGACGGUUUACCUCGCCAAGUUCCUGCCGCUCGUGCGCUUCACACGGUGUUCUGUCACGGACUUCGAGAAAGUCAUCACCAACGAACAAGUCCAGGGUGAUGGAGACAGCCUGGAGGUGCUGAACGUGAUUCACCAGACGCUCUCCCGGCAAUCCAUGGCUGUUGGCGAAGUUGCCGGCCUAGACCUGUCCCCAAAACUGUGGCUCACGCCUCGCUUGCCCAAGGACAUCCUGUUCCUUGUCGGCGGCUGGACGACGGCCACUACCAACAGGCUGCUCACGUACAACUGCCGCACGGCCAAAUGGCGCGUGAUGGGCAAUCAGAACACCCCGCCCAGGGCGUACCACGGCGCCGCGGUGAUCGGCCAGUGCGUCUACUUCGUGGGCGGCUUCAACGGCCGCGUCUGCUACCACUCGGUCGUCUGCUUCGACGUGCACCAGGCCCGAUGGAGCGCCAAGGCGAAUAUGGCGUUCGCGCGCUGCUACGUCAGCGUCGCCGUUCUCCAGGCGAGCACCGGUGACGAAUAG